AUGCCACACCACGCCGGAAGUCGUAGAAAUAUUGUUCGGAAGCACUACAUUGCUUGUCAGAGAGAUCUGCCAAAAGAGGGAUCGACCACGUUGUCACCAUCGUCUGGGAGGAGGACGAAAAGAGCUGACCACUCGUCGAAGGCCUUGAGUGUAGUCAGGGGAGGAAGGAAGAACCUUGCGGAUCAUUAA